CGCGUGACAGUCACUCAACUGCACGCAUGCGCCACAACAGUCCCGCCCAACAGCAUCACGUCAGGCGGAAGCAGAGAUGGACGAUCAGUCGGAAUUUAGGAUUUCAGAUGUGCUCUCGUACGAGAGCCUGGUGCACGCUACAGCGGGUGCCCUGGGCAGUGUUACAUCUAUGACAGUAUUUUAUCCACUGGACUCGGCAAGACUUCGAUUGCAAGUUGAUGAGAAGAGGAAAGCUAACUCAACUCCUGCUGUUUUGGCAGAAAUAGUGCGGGAGGAAGGCCUACUUGCACCAUAUCGGGGCUGGUUCCCUGUCAUCUGCAGUUUGUGCUGCUCCAACUUUGUUUACUUCUACACCUUCAACAGCGUGAAGGCAAGCUGGGUGAAAGGUCGACACUCAACACCAAGCAAGGAUCUACUCAUGGGUAUCUUUGCAGGGGUUGUUAAUGUGCUUAUUACCACACCACUGUGGGUAGUUAAUACCCGGCUCAAAUUACAAGGAGCAAAAUUUAGAAACCGUGACAUCAAAUCAACUCAUUACAAAGGCAUUUUGGAUGCCUUUAAGCAAAUUCUGUACAAUGAGGGGAUUUCUGCACUGUGGAAUGGCACAUUCCCCUCCCUAUUGCUUGUGCUUAACCCUUCCAUUCAGUUUAUGUUUUAUGAAGGCUUAAAACGACAACUACGCCGUGGACCUGAUGGAGAGUUUUCCUCAUUAGACGUUUUUCUAAUUGGAGCUGCAGCCAAAGCCAUUGCUACUGUAGUGACGUACCCUUUACAGACGGUGCAGUCCAUUCUUAGGUUUGGACGGCACAGGGAACAGAGAGAAAGCAAAAUUAUUGGAAGUGUGAAAAGUAUUCUCUUCCUAUGGAAGCAGAGGUUCAGGAGUGAGGGCAUUCUGGGAUUGUUUAAGGGCCUGGAAGCCAAAUUGCUACAGACAGUACUGUCAGCUGCACUUAUGUUCCUCCUCUAUGAGAAGAUAGCUGCUACAACUUUCAGAGUAAUGGGGAUUAAACCUAGACAGCACAGUCACAAGUGACUACAAGAAAGGAAGGAGACAGAAAACAAAUGGAAAGAAACGUAUGUCAGAACACUGACUAUCUAAAGUGAUUCUUGUGUGCACUUGGUAGGAAAAAAAAAAGUUCUAGAGUUAUGUUACUUACUUCAUAGUGCGCACAUUAAAAGCCAGUUCUUCAAGUCAGCAAAGAAUAACAAUGAGUUCAGAAAAAAAAUCCCUUGAAAUUAAUAGAAAACUGAUACUUAUAUGCAACAAUUAAAACAAUUAUAUGUUGAAGCAUUUUGUCAAAGCUUCUCAAGCUUAUAUACAAUGAGUAUGAGUUAAUACAUAGGUACAAAGUUCUAUAGUUCAAAAUAGGAUGGGGAAUUGAGAAGCAGGUAAAUGAAGUAUGAAACACGUGUUAGUAGCAUUUGCUGGGGAACCCUGAACUCCUUAGUCAGUCAGUCAGUGAUUCGGCUCCUGGUCAUAGAAAGGAAACUUUACGUAAAGAACCAAUCACUUACUUUUGUUUAAAAGAAUAAUAAAAAGCAUUAAUUCAUUACUGUUGGUGAGUAUGUUUUUAUUUGUUUGCUUACUUAACUGUGACUUAAGGAUUUACAUUAAGGAAUUCAGUAAGACUCAUCCAGUAAAUGUUUUUUAUUAUGUAUUUAUUUGUUUGUUUGUUCUAAUUUAUCUUUAAAACACUUGAUGCCAGUUUG